AUGCUUAGACAACUAUUAUAUCCUUUGUUAUUUUCGCUCGUUAGUGCAGGUGGGGAAACCAUAAAGGGAGAGAAGAUCAGUAGAGGUGCUAUCAAUCUUUCUGUUGGUGAUAUCACUAUUGAAUCAGGCGGUAGUUGGUCAAUUAUUGAUAAUAAGCUUUCUGCAAUCGUUGGUGAUUUGAUAGUGGAAAAAAAUGCCGGCUUUUAUAUCAGUGCAGUGAGCUCAAUUAUUGGUUUACAUGUUGAAUUGCUCAAUCUUUUCAGCAUUAUCCGCAAUGAUGGUAUAAUUUCCUUUAAUGCAGUUAAAUCUGCCCUCCCAGCACAUUUCAAAUUAUAUGGAAAGUCUUUUGAAAAUAAUGGAGAGUUAUACUACGCUGCUGAUGGUAUACUCCCUCCUAUAUUUACUAUUGCUGCUUCAGAAUGGAAAAAUAGUGGUUUGAUUGUUUUAUAUCAAACUAAAAGGUCAGAGGCUAUCACUUUUUUGGGAAAAGCUUUGCAUGAUAUUGAAAAUACAGGUCUGAUUUGUCUUUACAACAGCAUUUAUAAGCAAAUCACAUCUAUUUCAGGAGAUGGUUGUAUUACUGCUAACCACGACUCAGUCAUUUUCCUUUCCAACACUUUGUUGAAGGUUGAUCCCUCUCAAACUUUCCACUUGGCUGAUUCAAAAAGUGUAUUAAUUGCUCAAGCAAUAACUGAGGCUCGUGAAUAUAAUGUUGUUGGUUUUGGAGGUGGUAACAAAAUAGGUUUGAAUGUUCCUCUUUUAACGGUUCCAAUCAUUGGAUUACCUUCUUUUACAUACGAGACAGCAUCAGGUGUACUUACCUUAAGAGGUUUUGGAGCCCGUCUUCUUACUCAACGUUUCUUUAUUGGUACAGGAUAUGAUCCUGCUUUAAUGAGGGUUGAUACUCAUAAUAUUUUGGGAUUUUUGUCGGGAUUCGUCACAUACGAUGGACCAGUUGUCAACAACAAUGUUCCAGCUAAAUGUUACUGUAGACCAUUACCACCCAGCCCAGGUACGGACUCAAGUUCAUCAACUUUGAGCUCCACCGAGAGUAGUUCAGCAGCAACCACUUCAAGCACCCCUUCCUCGGUUUUGGCUUCAUCAACAGAAUCUAGCGAGUCAUCAACUGUGCCAUCCUCAUCAGCACCAGCUUCAUCUAGCUUGUCACCAGAAGUGUCAUCUUCAUCGGUUCCAGCUUCAUCUAGCGAGUCAUCAGAAGUGCCAGCUUCAUCUAGCGAGUCAUCAGAAGUGCCAUCCUCAUCGACCACAGCUUCACCAAGUGAAGCUACUGGUGGAAACGGUGGAAACGGUGGAAACGCUGCAGCUACUGGUGGAAACGGUGGAAACGGUGGAGACAGUGGAAACGGUGGAAACGGUGGAAACGCUGAAGCUACUGGUGGAAACGGUGGAAACGGUGGAGUCAGUGGAAACGGUGGAAACGGUGGAAACGCUGAAGCUACUGGUGGAAACGGUGGAAACGGUGGAAACGGUGAAGCUACUGGUGGAAACGGUGGAAACGGUGGAAACGCUGAAGCUACUGGUGGAAACGGUGAAGCCACUGGAACCAAGGGCGAAGACGUUCAAGCUACUGGAACCAACGGCGAAAACGGUGAAGCCACUGGAACCAGCUGCGAAAGCGGUGAAGCCACUGGAACCAGCAGCGUAAACGGUGAAGCUACUUGGACCAGCUGCGAAAGCGGUGAAGCCACUGGAACCAGCAGCGUAAACGGUGAAGCCACUUGGACCAACGGCGAAAACGGUGAAGCCACUGGAACCAGCUGCGAAAGCGGUGAAGCCACUGGAACCAGCAGCGUAAACGGUGAAGCUACUUGGACCAGCUGCGAAAAAUGUGAAGCUACUGGAACCAACAGCGUAAACGGUGAAGCUACUGGAACCAACGUACCUACUACUGCAAUUUCAGUAUUCCCAAGUGCAUCUACAAGUGCGUCAGCUACUGUUUCGGCAUUUGAGAAUGCUUCCAACACUGGUACUGUUAACAAAUUUGUUGCCAUUGUAUUUGGUUUACUUGCCAUUGUUUCAGUCAUUUGA